AUGGAAACGCAUAAGUUAGUUGAUGGUGACAAAGAAAAUAUCGCUCUUUCUUUAUUUCGACAAGUCGGAUCAGUUCAUGAUAAUAUUGCAUUUGUCGAAUCGAUACCAUCAGAUUUAUCCAAUAAUCAAAAUAUUUCAUUUGCAAAUAAUUAUAAUUCUCAAAUAUCAAAAAUUAAUUCUCAAUCAAUAUCAAUAUCAUUUCAUGACUUAAAUUAUGAAAUUGGUCACAUAAAAAAACGAAAGAUAUUUUCUUGUUGCAAGUUAAAACCAAGAAAACAACUUCUUUUUAAUAUUUCAGGCAGUUUUUCAUCCGGCAUGAAUGCUAUUCUUGGACCAUCGGGAAGUGGUAAAUCAUCUCUAUUAGACAUCCUUGCCGAUCGAAAAGAUAAAAGUGGUUUAUCAGGAUAUGUUCUUGUAUCAGGUAAACCUCGAUCGAAAACUUUCAAAUAUUCAAUUGGUUAUGUUGUUCAAGAAGAUAUAAUUAAUGGAAUCUUAAGUGUUCGUGAAAAUCUAAUGUUUUCAGCUAAUACUCGUUUACCACGGUCAAAAACAAUAAAUGAACGUAUUAAAUUAGUUAGUCAAAUAAUUCAUGAUUUAAGUCUUGAAACAUGUGCUGAUACUCGAAUUGGUACACAUUUUAUACGAGGAGUAUCAGGAGGAGAAAAAAAAAGAGCAUGUAUUGGAAUGGAAUUAGUUCUUUCACCAAGUAUACUUUUCUUAGAUGAACCAACUAGUGGUCUUGAUGCAUCAACAGCAGAAAAUGUUAUGAAAUGUUUGUAUAAUUUAUCACGACGAGGAUGUACAAUUAUUUUUUCAAUUCAUCAACCUCGUUAUUCAAUAUUCAAAUUAUUUGAUACUAUUCUUCUUCUUUCUUCUGGUCAUAGAGUUUAUUUAGGUUCAUCAACUAAUAUUUUAUCUUAUUUUGCUUCUCUUGGUUUUAAAUGUGAAGAGCAUGAUAAUCCAGCUGAUUUUGUACUUGAUGUUAUUAUUCAAUGUAAUAAUUAUUCAUCGACUUUACUUGAAAAUGCAUAUUCAAAAUCGAUAAUAAAUUCUAAUGAUGAUAUAUUUAAAAUGAAUGAGAAUGAAAAUGAUAACAGUAUAUUUGAUGAAAUUAUAUAUCGAUCACGUGUUUAUGAAUUAUAUUAUGUUUCAAUUCGAACAUUUCGUAAUACAAUACGAGAUCCAGCAAUGGUUACAUCACAAAUAAUUGUUGCUACAUUAUUAGCUCUUUUGACAGGUUUAAUUUUCAAUCAAAUAGAAACAACAAUUGAACCUGGUGUACAAAAUCGUCUAGGGGCUAUUUUUUUUAUUAUUGUUAAUCAAAUUUAUAGUACAACUACUGCUUUAGAACCAUUAAUUCAAGAACGUGCACUUUUUAUUCAUGAAAAUGCAAGUGGUUAUUAUCGUGUAUCAACUUUUUUUAUUGCAAAAUUAAUUUGUGAUUUACUUCCAAUGCGUUUUAUUCCUUCGGUCAUUUUUUCAGUAAUUACAUAUUUUAUGAUAGGUUUUCAAUUAUCAAUAAAUCAAUUUUUUAUUUAUCUAUUAACGAUUUUUAUGAGUACAAUAUUUGGAUCAGCUAUUUGUUUUUUUGUUGCUUCUUUUAUUCCAAUAUUUGUUGUUUCACUUAUAGUCAUUGUAUUUAUUUUUGUUGUUAUGAUGGUUUUUAGUGGUUUUCUUAUUGAUCUUAAAAGUGUUUUUUCAUUUCUUCAAUGGCUUCAAUGGUUGAGUGCAUUCCGAUAUGCAACAAAUUUAUUAACAAUUAAUGAAUUUCGUCAUUUAAAAUUCUGUUUAGCAAAUAAUACACAAAUUUGUCCAUUAACAGGUGAACAAAUCUUAAUACAACAUGGUAUUCCUUAUAAUAAUAAUUGGGAUAUGUGGAGAAAUUUAUUAGCUUUAUUAAUAAUGAUUAUUAUUUUUUUAAUUAUGGCUUUUAUUCAAUUAUUAAGAAUGAAAAAAGUCAAAUAA